UGUUGUCGCAUCUCUUAUUAUGGUGGUAUAUGUAGUGAGGAAUGUACAAGGAAAGUUUCACAGUUACAAUCAAGUGAGAGAAAAUUGAGAAACGAAUUGGUCCAGCUACAAAAUGUGUUUCUAGAAAGACUUACCAAAACUGAUAAAGAAAAUUUGGAGUGUAGAAAAAAGAGAGCGUACGUAGGAUUUUCGGCAUACAUGUCUCAAGGUUUUGUGGAUGGCCACAGUAAAUUUUUAUCACUGGGUAAAACGCUGAUAUUUGACAUGACAGAAAUCAACACUGAUGGUAUCUACAACACGAAUACGGGUAUCUUCAAAGCGCCAUCUACCGGAAUGUAUGCAUUCACCUGGACAAUCUGUGUGGACAGCAUUACAGAUGACGAUGGUUAUGGAGAAUUCGGAGUAGAGUUGGUUAUUGAUGGAAAAAAUUGUGGAAAAAUAUAUGCAGACACAGGAGUACGCACUGAUGACCAAUGUUCUACUGGAUUUGUUAUUAAAUACAUGACAGAAGGUGGCGCUGCUCGUUUGAGAAAUAUAUAUAUACACCAAGGUCGUCUUCUAAGCAAUGAAAACCGAGCACGUACAACAUUUACAGGAUGA